AUGGUCAGCAUCGAAUCAACAGCCACCCCGGGCACAUCGAGUCUGCCAGCCGCGCGCGUCAGGCGGAUCAUCAAAGAGGACAAGGAUAUUUUUGCCUGCGGAUCAGACAGCCUGUUCCUCAUAUCGCGUGCCACUGAGUAUUUCAUCGAUAGUUUGGUACGCGAAAGCUACGAGUUCUCUCGCCUCGACAAGCGCAAGACUGUGCAAUACAAGGACAUGGCCAAGGCCGUCCAGAGCAUUGAGCAAUAUGAUUUUCUGACGGAUAUAAUCCCGCCAACAGUCAGCUUGAAG